AUGGAUUCAAAACAAACAAAAAAACAAAAAGAAAAAAUUGAAGAAACAGAGAAAGAUCAUUUGGGAAUAAGAGAGGAAACACAAGAAGAAAAAUGGGAGCGAUUGGAAAGGGAGGCAAUCGCAACUGGGCAAAUACCUAGACGCCAAUCUAUUGCCAGAUCACCAGAGGAAAAGAAACGAAAAACUUCAUGCUCAGGUUCAAUAGGAGUGUCCACAGACGAGGACCUCGACAGAACAAUAAUAGAACGGGCAGAUGAAGAUAGGCGGGAACAAAUAAGAGAAAAGAAAAGAAGGAAUGAAAGCAUGGUGACUGAAGACAAAAGUAUGAAAGAAGACACGAGAAACAAAGAUAUGAAAAGUAGUGACAUGAUAACAUAA